CCAUAAGGUUUAGAUACAAUCUCAGCCGUUGAUCUGCAACAUUCCCUAGGGUUUAUGCGAGGUUCUAUUAAAGCACGCAUCUCCCUCGAGAUAGCGUCGUCCGUCUUCAUUCUUCACUGUCGGCGCGAGGCGAGACCAAAGAUCUAGAAUGGCCUUUGUCAAAGCGCAAAAGUCGAAGGCAUAUUUUAAGCGAUUCCAAGUUAAAUUUAAGAGAAGAAGAGCGGGGAAGACAGACUACCGAGCAAGAAUUCGUCUAAUAAAUCAGGACAAAAACAAAUAUAACACCCCAAAGUAUAGGUUUGUGGUGCGAUUUACUAACAAGGAUAUUACUGCACAAAUGGUAUCUGCUAGCAUUGCUGGUGAUUUAGUCCUGGCGGCUGCAUAUGCACGCGAGCUGCCUCACUAUGGACUUAAAGUAGGUCUUACAAACUAUGCUGCUGCUUAUUGUACGGGACUUCUCCUUGCUCGCCGUGUCUUGAAAAAGCUGGAGAUGGACGAUGAGUACGAGGGCAAUGUGGAGGCCUCUGGGGAGGAUUUCUCAGUUGAACCAGCUGAGAGCAGGAGGCCAUUCCGUGCUCUGCUUGAUGUUGGCCUUGUUAAAACGACGACUGGAAAUCGUGUUUUUGGUGCUUUGAAGGGAGCACUAGAUGGUGGUCUUGAUAUACCCCACAGUGACAAGAGGUUUGCUGGUUUUUCAAAGGAUAGUAAGCAACUUGAUGCUGAGGUUCACCACAACUAUAUUUUUGGUGGCCAUGUUGCUGCAUACAUGAGGACUUUGAUGGAAGAUGAACCUGAGAAGUACCAGUCUCAAUUCAGUGAAUACAUCAAAGCAGGAAUUGAUGCAGACAGCCUUGAGGGCAUGUACAAGAAGGUUCAUGCCGCCAUCCGUGCAGACCCUACCAUGAAGAAAUCUGAGAAACAGGCGCCAAAAGAGCAUAGAAGGUUUAAUUUGAAGAAGCUUUCCUACGAAGAAAGGAAAGCUAAGCUGAUUGAACGUUUGAACACCCUGAACUCAGCGGCCGAUGAGGAUGAUGAGGAGUGAAAAUAGUGAUGGAUCUUGAUCAUGCAUUUCUUGUCCCUUCUCCCAGUCUUUACAUGUUUCAUGAAAGUUCAUGUGAAACAUAUUAUUGCUUUGGGAGUUUGUCUUGGACGGAAUGCAAUUCCAAUUUUGAAUUUUUGAACUUCAUUUAGUUGGAAGAUUUAAACUAUACUUAUUCUGAGCCUCUUGUCUGAAAUUUAUACUCUAAAGAUUCUAUGUGGAAUUUUGGGCAUCCAGUUUGUGGAAUGUUUAUGCUGUUGAGAUAGUUGUCAUGAAAAGGACAAAUGUGUGUUUCAUAAAAAUAACUUGAUAUUCUUUGGCA